AUGGGGGUAACAAAUUGGGUUACCGAGCGCCAGAUGGAGGUGGACGAGUCGCAGAGCCAGCGGGAUAAACGGGUUGAGGACCUCUGGAGGCAAUUGGAUCCCCAGGGGACGGGACAUUUGGACUUUAAGGGGUUGCAAAAGGGGUUGAAGAAGAUUGAUCACCCUAUGAAAAAUGCGGACGACAUGUUGCGGAGGAUCAUGACCGUCGUCGACACGAACGACGACGGCGUGAUUCAGUAUGAAGAGUUCCGUUACUUUGUCGAGCAGACAGAGAGACAGCUCAUGCUUCUCUUCCAGUCUAUAGACAAGGACCAUGAUGGGAGACUUGACAAGACUGAACUACAGGAGGCCUUUCGGCGGGCUGGGCUGGUUGUACCGAUGCGCAAGCUCAGCUCCUUUUUUGGCGACAUCGAUAUGAACAAUGAUGGCUAUAUAAGCUUCGAAGAAUGGCGCUGGCAAAGUCCGGAUUUAGCUCAGGGGCCGGCCAUGAUGUUCUCGGUGUGGCUCGGUGUACAAGUAUGGGAAUGCCUUGGUGCUGUUGUCGGGUUGCUCCUUCCUCUUUCUCUUUUUGGAAAAACCUCUCAUUUUCUGCUUGGAAAUGAUUCACUGACAGUACCCGGCACGCGCAGAGAUUUUCUUUUGUUUAUGCCAACACACAAUGGCCACGCCCCUCUGAAGGCCGUGUUGGACUUUUAUUCUUCCAUCGUCACCCUCACUGCUGAAGGUGACUCGAUGGUAUCGGAGGAGACACUUGAAGGUUUAGGUACGACCGGCUUCCUUCUGCAAACCCUCUUUGGAUCCAUUUUGAGGAUCGCAUCCCCUUCGGAUCGUGAGCCCGGCACCACCACCGAGUCUUUUACUGCCGCCAACGCCGUCGACGAAGACGGCCGCCCCGUGGUGAUGGUUGUUCCUUCCCAGGAAGGCGCUGCGUCGCCCGUUCCUACCACAGCUGCGCAGCUUCCCACCUUGUCAAAAUCGCAGCAAAAUCAACAAACUUCACCAGACAGCCUCACUUCUGCCACAGAUUCCGCCCAGCAAACUUCCUCUUCGUCAAAACGAACAACAACAGCCACAUCAGCAACCGCGACUACCGCAACAACGCAGGCCGUGGUACCCAUCACUCCUCCGGGCUUCUCAGGUACCAGCGCCAACAUGAACAAUAUGAACAUGGAGGCAGCGGUGCUGCAGGCGUGCAUCGAGGCCGGAAACGAGAAGCGCACAGGCAUCCUUCGAAGACUCCCCGGCGUCGGCACCUCUCAAGCGAACCAGGUCACAGACAGCAGCUCCGAGCAAGGCUCUAGCUCAGAUGCAACUGUAGCACCCAAGACCAAGAGACUGACUGACUUCGCUCCUGAUCCAGGUUACUUUGUUGCAGGUGCCGUCGCUGGAGGACUGUCGCGGACUGCCACCGCUCCUCUCGACCGUCUCAAGGUCUACCUGCUCGUCAAUACUCGAGCCAGUACCGAGACUGCGGCCUCUGCUUUGAGGCAGGGACGUCUACUCGUUGCUCUGAACAACGCUAUGCGACCCUUCAGUGAUGCCGUCAAGGAUCUCUGGAAGGCAGGCGGCAUGCGCAGUCUUUUUGCAGGCAACGGACUCAAUGUCAUCAAGAUCAUGCCCGAGAGCGCCAUCAAGUUCGGGUCCUAUGAGGCCGCAAAGCGAACCCUUUCUAAGUUCGAGGGACACGACGACCCCAGACAGAUCAGCAGCACCUCGAAAUUCGUGGCGGGCGGUGUGGCUGGCAUGGUUGCCCAGUUCUGUGUUUACCCGCUUGAUACACUCAAGUUCCGGCUCCAGACGUCGACGGUCCAGGGCGGCCUCAGUGGAAAUGCACUUGUCAUCGAUACUGCAAAGAAGAUGUGGCAGGCUGGAGGCAUGCGCAUCGCCUAUCGUGGUGUCACCAUGGGCCUCAUAGGCAUGUUCCCCUACAGUGCUAUUGACAUGGGCACCUUUGAGUUCCUCAAAUCCUCAUACAAGAGAUACAUGGCCAAGUACAAGGGCAUUCACGAGGAGGACGCCAAGCCAGGCAACAUCAUGACUGGUCUCAUAGGAGCGACCAGUGGUGCUUUCGGAGCGUCGGUGGUGUACCCACUCAAUGUCCUCCGCACCCGUCUCCAGACGCAAGGAACAGUCAUGCAUCCUGCAACUUAUACCGGCAUCGUGGAUGUCGCACGGCAGACACUCAAGAAUGAGGGUGUGCGGGGCAUGUACAAGGGACUCACGCCUAACAUGCUCAAGGUUGCUCCGGCACUGAGCAUCACGUGGGUUGUGUAUGAGAACUCCAAGAGAAUUAUGGGUUUGGAGUGA